CCCAGACUACUAUACGAGGGGUCCACAGCAACCACUGGUCAGACAAGGUGCAAAUGCACACUGAUGUAAGCCACCUACAGGGAUCGCGUAUGCUUGCCAGAUUCAGCAUAAGCAGGUGUUGCAUGUUGUCCGUUCUAGCCAUCCAUAACAGAAUUCUCCGCAUUUAUGCGAGAAUACUUUAUAAAGAACACCUCCCUGUGUAAACGUCUUUUGUUACCAGACAAAAUCUGCUUCAUCAUGAAGAUCUCGCUUGCUCUCUCUGCUCUUGCCUUACUUGCUUGCCCUGCCACUGCGGUCGACCUUAAUCCAACAAAAGACUGUGGCACGCCCUUUAACGCCUGGUGGACCCAGUGCACCCGAUCUGCCUCCAACUGCUGCUACUACGCAGCCGAAAAGGCCAAUACAACCUGUCCGAUGACUCGUGCAAGACAUUAUGUCUUGCUAGGGCACUGCAGGUCGCUCUUCGAGGGCAGCGCAAGACCCUACCACAAAACUGACUGUGUCACCGCCACUCUUGCUGGCAUAGCUUUGCUUAUGGGGGAUCGUGGUCUUAGCUUUCCUGUCAGUUGUACUAUUGAUGAUAUCAAGGACAUGCCCUAGGGAUUCUGGCGUUUCCCUGUAGGAGGCUUCGUGGAGAACUGUCCAGGAAAAGUCAAGAUGGGUAUAUUAGCAAUAUUCAUGUACAAUUUGAGUGCUCUAAGGGAGGAAAGGUCCUGACAGCAAAUCAGCAGAAUCUCCCUGUGGAGAGGCUCGACUGGUUAACGAAAACUAUCUGUCAUUACCUAAGGUUUAUACAGGGUCUGACCAAGCCUCUUCUGCACCCCAGAUCAUAGUAUAUCAGUAUACUCAUACUCUGAUAAGAGAAUAUGAAUAUGGAUAGGUUACUGAACCUAGUAUCUACUUAGAGUAGAACUGAGCAGCUUAGACAGA